AUGAAGGAAAGCAACAUUCCACUUAAGAUUAAAAAUGACUCGAAACGUGAAGACUUAUUUGUCUUUGUGCGUUAUACCAUGUGCAUAGCAGCCAUGUAUCCAUUUGGCUAUUCGUUCAAGGGUUCGGGUUUACUGGUGCUAUUAGUGCGAAUCCUGGACUGGUUCUACGAGAUCGUCAACUACUUUGUGUCGUUCCAUAUUCUUGGUCUGUACAUCUGCACCAUUUACAUUAACUAUGGACAGGGGGACUUGGACUUCUUCGUCAAUUGCAUGAUACAAACAAUCAUCUAUCUGUGGACCAUCACCAUGAAGCUGUACUUUAGACGAUUCCGGCCAAAGUUGCUCGAUGAAAUCAUUACAAUAAUCAAUGAGAAGUAUCAACCACGCUCUGCUCUGGGUUUCAGUUUUGUGACCAUGUCGGGGGCUCAUCGUGCGUCCAAACUGUGGAUCAAAACGUAUGUCUACUGCUGCUAUAUUGGAACCAUUUUCUGGCUUGUGCUGCCCAUCGCCUAUAGGGACAACAGUCUGCCUCUGGCCUGUUGGUAUCCUUUCGACUAUACUCAACCCAUUGUAUAUGAAGUAGUUUUUUUUCUCCAAGCCAUGGGCCAGAUCCAAGUGGCUGCUUCUUUCGCAUCAUCUAGUGGUCUUCAUAUGGUGCUCUGUGUUCUUUUAUCGGGACAAUAUGACGUGCUAUUCUGCAGUCUGAAGAAUGUCCUCGCCACCAGCUAUAUUCAAAAGGGAACGAAUAUGGCCGAACUAAGACUUCUUCAAACUGAACAGUCUAUUUCCGACGCAGAACCCAAUCAAUAUGCCUACUCUCAUGAGGAAGAAACCCCUUUAGAGCAGAUACUCCAGCAUCCACCGCAAGAUGUAUUCUCUACAGAUUUCCUUAAAGCCUUUAAGCGAUCCUUCAGACACUGCAUUGACCACCACCGAUAUAUAGUGACAGUUCUCAGAAAAAUGGAACGCUUCUACAGUCCCAUUUGGUUUUUAAAGAUUGGAGAGGUCACCUUCCUCAUGUGCCUGGUGGCUUUCGUCUCGACGAAAAGCACUACGGCCAACUCCUUCAUGCGGAUGGUAUCCUUGGGUCAAUACUUGCUGCUGGUGCUCUACGAGCUCUUCAUCAUCUGUUACUUCGCGGAUGUGGUCUACCAGAACAGUCAGAGGUGUGGCGAGGCUUUAUGGCGGAGUCCCUGGCAAAGACAUCUCCGAGAAAUACGCAGCGAUUAUCUGUUCUUCAUGCUGAAUGCCCGCAAACACUUCCAGUUGACGGCAGGAAAGAUCACCAACCUGAAUGUGGAUCGUUUCCGAGGGACCAUCACCACAGCCUUCUCAUUCCUCACACUCCUGCAAAAGAUGGAUGCCCGGGGCUAG